UCCACCGCUAGUGUCGGAAAGGGUGUCUUGCAUGCCACUUGUUAAUGAGUUUAAUUACCCACCCAGAACGUGGACUAAUAUUUCACAAAGGGUGAGUGAUAAGUUUUUGAAGGCAGUUAGCUCCUUAGGUCUGCUCAAAUUGUCAUCACUGUGUGUGUAAAUGUUGUAGAAAUGUAGUAAAAUAGCUUCAAUUAAAUGCAUCGAAUAAUUUGUUUAUCGACAUUAACUCUACCACGUGAUGUCAGCAUAAUUGUCAAAACUUCGAAUUGAUGAAAACGUAUCUAGUGCCUUACAAAACUGUGUACAUGAAUAGAUAUUUCAAUUAAUUGACAAGAAAAAAGAUGCAUUGUACUUGUUUUGUAAAAGGACUGGUGUAUGCGCGUGGUAGUGAUGUUAUGCUGUAGGCUCUAGCAAUUCAUCUUAGAGGAUCAAAGUAUACACACAGUGGAGUGGAGUAUUCUUUAAUUAGAAAUAUGGCACUGAAACAGUUAGAUGAUUGAACAAAGGAUUUAUUGGACAACCCUCCCAACACGUUUUCAAUCGCUUAAAAAGGAACAGUAUGCAUUGAAAUUUUCAGUUUGAGAACAAAUCCCUUCAAGACUAUGAAAUAUCAUUAGUGACAAUGAAAUUGAUGCAUAACAUCUCGCUGAAUAUUGUAAUCUUAUUCGUCAUUUCUGUGUGCGUAUUUGGGCAAUUCCGAAGCAUGUACAUGAACGUUGAUGACACGCUGAACAACGCACAACUUAUCCGAAGUUCAGGGGUGCUUCUGUCCUCUGAGGGUCAGAGUUUACUGCAGUGCGCACUACGAUGUACCACCAGUCCGGCCUGUCCCUGCGUUCUGUAUAAUGUGGAACUUAGAUACUGUCGGUUGUUGAUGCACUACAUGGAUGAGUUCAAUACAAACAGAACCUUGUCAGAGACGGGGUGGAGGUACUUCUUUAAUCCGGACGCGUGUACUUCCGGUUGGUUUCCGUUCAAUGGUCACUGUUAUCUUUACAACCAGACCGCCCAAACAUGGAGCGACGCUAAGGUUCAAUGUGAAAGUCAGGGUGCGUACCUCCUAGAACUUGAGACACCACUAGAAAAUGACUGGAUCAUAACAUCGUUACUAUCAUCUCUCUGCUCCAAUGCCUGGGACAUCAACUGUGAAGUGUUUAUGGGCGGAUCCACAGAUUCGGGGGUGUUCAAGUGGGAAUACUCGAACACACUUCUAAAUUAUAGUAACUGGUAUCCCAACGAGCCAAGCGAUACAGGGACGAGAGAAUGCAUAUUUCUGAUGUAUAAUGGACAGUGGAGCGACGGAAAAUGUGUAUAUCACAGAAAAUUUGUCUGUGAGAAAGUGAAAUGAACUCCAUGUAUAGAAGUGAACCUCAAGAUCACGUGAUAACAACGUUCCACUGGGUGUGAAAUUACAUAUGUACACGCUAAUAUCCAAUUGGAUUAAAAAUGUAAUUAAAUUGUAUUGAUCUCUCAAUCAACAUUGCUGUGGAUCAGGCUAAUCCGAGGUACCAGCAAAAAUUAAUUACACACUUCAACGAUUUAAUCAUGUAUUAACAUUAAUGUCUUUGAUAGAUUUUUGAUAUUGACAUUUGUACUAAUUCAAGUCGAGAUAGUGUAUUAAGUUUUCAAAACUUGUGUUCAAACCUUCUGUAUGUUAUUAUUACAAUAAAAUAUUUUCGAACCAAA